GGGUGUCGAAUACCAGGGAACUGGUGAUCAGUGGCCAAUAAAAACAGACAGGGCAUUAUCGUGAGGGCUUUUGGUAUCAGAGGAAUGGGAUAGAUGCCUGAAGUUUUCAUAUUUUCACGAAUAAUGUGCAUGAAUUUAGUGAAUAAGGUGAAGAAAGAAUGAAUUAUAAACAAGCUUUUUGGUGAAUAGAAGUCCCAUGGAAUCAUCCAAACAAGAAGAACAACCAUCAAAUCCACACCAGAAUGGAGAAAAGGACUUUAUCAUGUGUUCUCAGAAUGGUAGUGACAUUGCGAGUGUGAAAAGCUUAGAUGAAAAGUCAGAUAACUCACUUGAUUUUGGUUUUCCUGGGCGAACAGAUAAAUCUGGCCAUAGCAGUAUAAGUAGCUUUUCAGAAGUGCAUUCUUUAGAUAUGGAGCCUAAACUAGGCAAAACUGAGCACGAAGAUGAUGUGACGACUUUAAUGGCAGAUGCUCAACUUGAUGUCGAACCAACUGAUCUGAAUUCAAUCUCAGAAGAUAAAUGCAGAAUAAGCCCUGUUGUUUCAGUUCAAGGUCAGAGUUGGUUUUCAUCUAUGCGAAAAUACUCAGAAUAUGAAGAUGUAGACAGUUCUGAAGUGCAGGUCUCCUUUGUGGAUGAUAGUGAUGGCUCUGAUGAAGCAACAAACAACGCAAUAGAGAUAAGCAUGGUUGACAGUGGUCUUAAAGAUGCUUGUGUUUUUUACCAUAAUGUGACAUACCUAGGCUCAUCCUCUGUUAAUGCUCCUGUUAGCGAAAUUGAACUCAAGCGUACCAUAUCAAUUAUGCGUGAUCAUGCUAACAUCAGCCUUGAUGUUAUUCUUGCUGUUGGCUUAUCGUCUGAUGGAUGCAUUAGAUUAAUUGAUCCUGUUUCAAGACAGGACAUGGCAACAUAUGAUGCCAAGCAAGUCAUUUUCUGGGGAAAGGCAGAUGAUGAAAGCAAAGAAAAAGACUGUGUAGCAUUUAAUGUAGCGCAUGGUGAAGAUUCCUUCCACUGUCAUGUUUUCAGAUGUGAUGAAGAAGAUACAGCUGUGAAAAUUGUUCAGAGUUUUUCCAAUAUCCUUAGAAAGAACAGAAAAGAGAAACAAGCUGCUGAUACAGGGCUUAAACAAACCAGACUGGAUCCAAACAACCUGAGUUUCAAAUAUGAUGUUACCAUUGAUAUACUGGAGGAGGAUAGUAAGGGAACUAUGGCUCAAGUUGCAAGGGACAAAAAUUGCUUCAAAUUGCGUCAAGAUGUAAACAAAAGGGUUGUAAUUUGCUUGGAGCAGCUAACAAACAAGACAUUAGCAAUUGAAAGAUGCUUCGGGCUUCUUCUCUCUCCUGGUAAAAAUGUAGAGCACCAAAAUAUGCACCUGCUUGAUCAGGUACAAAUGGAAUCACGAAAUUCCGGUCGGGUCAGCAUAAUCUAUGGAACUUGGAAUCCAGCAUGGCCAGAUAUGAAAGUUUUGAAUACUGAAACACAAAAAGAUAAAAGAGUGUUCAUAUCAGUAGCAGCUGAUCUCAUCUUUUCUGACCUCAAAGAACCUGUACGAAUCGUAAAGGAAUCCAAAGUGAAGGUUUUUCCAAACAACGAAAAAUUCUGGAAUCCUUCGAAACCAAGAUUGCAUGAAGAGUAUUUGAUGGAGUUAAAAGAGAAUUUCCUAGACUCUGGUGAGCGAUAUUUCGAGCUGAGCAGUCUGUUGAGCUUUUCAGCCCUUGCGAAAUCAAGACACACCAAAUCGCGAGAGUCUUCUCUGCUGUCAAGAGUAUCUUCGAAGAAGUCGAGUUUUAUUUCUGAUUCAUCGGCCGAUGAAGAGCCGGUUGAAAUUAUGGGCCCUGAGGAGGAGGAUGACGAGCCGUUGUUAUCUGGAAGUGGCAAAGUUGAAAAAGAAUACACUGAGGAGGAGCUGGCAGGUUGGUCUGAAAUGCUAGAAAAGUGGAAGGAUUACCAGACUAGGCCCAAACAGCUGGUGCAACUUGUCCGGAAGGGUGUACCAGACCAGAUGCGUGGUGACAUCUGGCUGAGGCUGGCUGACGUUGAUCUAGAUUCUGAGAUUCUCCACAAUUACUCAGUGCUUACAAAAAAGGACUCUCCUAACGAGCAGGUGAUUGUUUGGGACGUCACAAGAACAUUUCCAGCUCAUGAAGCCUUCAAAGAGGUCGGCGGACAGGGACAGGAGUCACUAAUGAGAAUCUGCAAGGCCUAUUCUGUUUACGACGAAGACAUCGGAUACUGCCAGGGAAUGUCGUAUCUUAUUGCUGUUCUAUUACUUCAUAUGCCUGAAGAACAGGCUUUCUGUCUGCUUGUCAAAAUCCUCAAAGAUUAUGGCCACAGAAAAUUGUUCCAGGACAACUUUGAAUUACUUCAUCAGCGCUUCUACAUCAUGGAAAGACUCUUAGAGGACUAUUUACCGACUCUGCAAAGGCAUUUCCAGUCAAUAGGUAUCGAAGCCCACAUGUAUGCCUCUCAGUGGCUCCUAACUUUGUUUACUUCCAAGUUCCCUCUACCUCUGGUGUUCUCUCUUAUGGAUAUCAUCUUAUGUGAGGGCUGUGACAUUUCGUAUCAAAUAGCAUUGGCCUUGCUCAAGGACUCGCAAAAGGAUUUUGAACGGCUAGAUUUUGAAGGAGCAUUAAAACAUUUUCGAGUCUACAUGCCGAAGAAGUACAUGGAAGAAGAACAAUGUAUGCAGUUUUUAAAUGUCGUAUUCAGCCUCAAGGUUUCAAAGAAAAGAAUAAUGAAGUAUGAAAAAGAAUAUUUGCAAAUUAAAGAAGAAAUGGAACAGAAAGAAGAUCCAGUGAAACGAUUUAAUCGAGAGAAACGAGCACUGAUGGAAGAAAACAUGAGGCUUCAUCAGGAAAAUGAUUCUUUGGCUCACGAGAUAGUGGAAACGCAAGUUAGUAUGCAGGAGAGAAUCACAGAGCUUGAAGACAAAGUCAACGGAAUGCUGAUUGAACGUGAGAGAACGACAAAGCAUCUCCGGGAGUCUGAAGAAGAAGUAGAAAGACUGAAAACAGAGGAAAUCAGGGUGAAGGAUAUAUGGAGGGAGAGUGCAAAGCGCGCAGAUAUUGAAAGAGAGAAACGCGAUAGAAUCAUUGAAGAUUAUAAAAAGAUAUGUACAGAUCUUGAAGACAGGAACGAGAAGUUCAAAGUGCGUUUGCAAAGCGAUCUUUCUGAGAUCAAGAAUAAAGUGAGAGAAUGUCCAAAUUGCUCAAAAUACUUCGAAAGGCCAAAUGCGUCACCAGCUGGAAAUGAGCAAGAGGCAAAAGAUGGCCUGCAGUCGACAUUGGAGCUGUUACAAGAUGACGACAAACAGAAAAUAAUUUCACUUGAAAACGAACUCAUCUCAGCAAAGCUUAGUUUAGCUGAAGCCAGAGAGUACGCGGACCACUUAGAAUUAAAACUGCACAGUGCCAACGCUGCAGCUUCCGAGAAAUCAUGGUUCAAGAAAAUCACAAAUCAGAACAGAAAGUAAAACUAUUAAUUAUAUGUGAUUUCCUUGUUGAUUGAUUGUGUAAAAUUUGAUGUAUAAAAAAUUUAUUAAGUUUUUCCUUAUUUCUCAAUGAAUGUCGACCAUUUGGAUGGUUCUGCUGUAGUUGAUCAGUUUUUCCGUACAAUAUUUUGCUUUGAGUAGCAGAACUUUUUUUUAUUCCAACUUUGUAAUAUAUAUAUUUCAACAUUCAUUGUUUAUGUUGUUUAAGAUUUUAUUUUCGACCAGUUGCCACAUUUAAACGUACAGCACUUGUAAAAGGAACGAUGUUCAUUGCAAUGUUUUCAUGUAGUUCGCAAAUAGAAAACUUUGGAAUAUAUACUAAAAUUUUCAAACCCAACCAUAAUUUUGCCAGGCAAAAAGCCUGCUCUUACAGUCUCUUAUGGUAAGGUUCUUUCUGGUCGAUCCAAAACAAUGUAUUUAUUUUUAGUUUUCUUUUAAACUUUGCCAAUGUUUAUGUAUCCGAUGAGGAUGUUAUUCGAGUGGAUUCGUUUUAUAAUCGAGACUGGCUUGACUUGUCAAAUAGCAUAUAAUUAGAAUCAAAAUCCAUUGUUUUUUUAGCGUGCAAUCACUCGAAAGAGUCCAUCGUAUUAUUUCAAAUUAGGCUAAGUUGUGUCAGAACGUAUUGCCAUUGAAUUUAAUCAAUAAUCAGAUGUUAGUUAA